AUGACCAGUCCCGACGCUGCAAGGAACAAAUUCUAUGAGGACCUGCAUGCCCUCGUGGCGUCUGUGCCGAAGAUGGAUAAGUUGAUUGUCCUUGGUGACUUCAACGUCCGCGUCGCACAGAACGUACUGCCUGGAGAGGAGUGAUAGGUCCCCAUGGUCUCGGUAACUCCAAUGACAGUGGCCUACUCCUUCUCUGCACCUGCGUAUAACACCAGCUCAUCCUGACGAACAGCGUCUUCUGUCUGCCGGUGCGAGAGAAGACCACCUGGAUGUAUCCUCGGUCGCGACAUAAGCAGCUUCUGGACUAUGUUCUCGUCCGGAGACGAGACCAGUGGGAUGUGCUGAUGAUAAAGAUGAUUGUGGGAUGCCGACGGGGGGACAGACCAUCGUCUCUUCAUCUCCAGGACGCGAAUUCGCCUACAGCCUCGAAGGAGUCCUCAAGGUAAGCGACCCCCAGGUAGGCUGAAUAUUGCAUUGUUGUCUUUGUCAGCUCACCAUCUCCAUUUCAGCAACGAGCUAGCUAAACAGCUAGACAACCUUGCAGUCGCUGCCGCCGCGGUCGUGAACGCCUCCGUGGAGGACCGAUGGCGUCAACUGCGAGACACAGUUCAGUCGACGGUGUUGGCCGUCCUCGGUCGCGCACGCCGCCAACACUAA